UAGCAUAAUGGCGGAGUGCGCACAAGGAAGACCACGACAAGUGUUCUCUUUUACACAGCUACCUUACGCUGAGAUUUAAGCUAUUUAGCAGAUAUAUUCAUUUAUUUAUCCUAAAAUAAGACAUACUUAUGUAGAAAGAAACAAUAUACAAUCGUUUAAUAUGUGAAAUCUGGAAAAUCGAGUAUGCUUUAAUAAUGUCAGGUUGUUAUACCCAUUUCGGCUAUAAUUCGCUGCACACUUUUGAGGAAGGACGCACUGUACCCUAAUGAACGAUUGAUAUGGGACCAGACCAGUCCUCUUCAGGAUGCUGAGGCCUCCUCUCUGAGAGUUAUAAUGAGUUAUCAUCAGACUGAUAUGGGACCAGACCAGCCCUCUUCAGGAUUGUGAGACCUCCUCUCUUGAGAGUUAUAAUGAGUUAUCAUCAGGGGGCUGAGGGUGGAGCCAUCCCUAAAGAAAGACGUAAGGAUGGGUCACCAAACAAGGAUCUUGAUAAGACCAUGGACCCUGAUAUGAAGAGCAGUGUCCAUCCAGAUAGAGCCGAGUCGGUUUCCUCUGGUUGUUUAUCAAUGAAGAGUGGUGAAUCUAUGGAUCCCCCUCUUCAUUUCAAAGAGGGGGCCACUUCACAAAGAAAAGGCAGGGCCCAAACAGAGAUGGCAGAGUCUGUUUCAUCUGGUUAUUUAUCAAUGAAGAGUGACCAAUCCAUGGAUCACCCUUUUCAUUUCAAAGGGACAGGAGAGGUGGUCUGUGAUAUCUGCUCUGAGGUCCAAGCUGUGAAGUUCUGUCUGACCUGCAGUGUGUCCUACUGUGAGACCCACAUCAGACAGCACUAUACAAUAGCAGCACUGCAGAGACACACACUGGUGGAUGUGACUGGAGACCUGGAGGAGAGACUCUGCCAACAUGACUACUGUCCUCUGGACGUGUUCUGCAGGACAGACCAGAUGCUGAUCUGUAGUCAGUGUGCAGAGACAAACCACAAAGGACAUGAUACCACUCUCCUUAAAAUAAAGAAAUCUGGAAGACAGCCUAAGAGUUUUGAUGGAGACCAACACACAACGUUGACCUCAGAUGAUGUGCUGCCCCCUCCUGGUGACUUCCAGGUCCUGUUGCUGACAUUAGAUUCUGUGUCUCUGAGCUGGAGUUCUCCUCAGGGGCUGACAGGACCACAGACAUUCAGAGUGACCUGGGGGUGUGACGGUGAAACAAGCUCAACAAGAGUGAAAGAUGUGUAUCAUCUUAAAAUAAGCAGUCUCAAACCUGGUGAAAAGUACCAGUUCAGUGUGGCCACAGAGGGAGAAGAUGGCAGACAAAGCAGAUGGGUCUCAGCAUCUUUAUUCACAGUGGUCCCACCCAGAGACUUAAAGGUAGAACAUUUGAAAGAUACCUCCUUCAUUCUCCACUGGUCCAAGGCUGAAGGAAUGGAGAAAGUCCCACAGCGCUUCCUCAUAACCUUCUACAACCCAGGAACUGGCCUCCAUGCAGAGAAUACUAAAGACUGCCACAACACAUUCUCAAACCUGCAACCUGGUACUGAGUACACUGUCAGCAUCUCAACUGUGCUGAACAAUGGAGAACAGAGUGAACCUGUCUUUACAACCAUCUGCACUAUACUUCCUGCUCCAGACCAGCUGACUGUUGACUCAGUGGACACCACAUCAGCUGCUGUUAGCUGGAACCAGCCACCAGGAUUGGACCAAACCCAACAUCAUUACCAGAUCUCCUACCACUGUCCAGGGACAGAACCACACAUCACUACCACAUCUUCACACAGCAUCACUCUCUCUGACCUGCAAGGUGGUACUCUGUACUCUGUCACUGUCUGCACUGUGCUGGAAAAUGGAAAGCAAAGUCAACUGGUAUCAACAACCCUCACCACAGUACUUCCUGCUCCAGACCAGCUGACUGUUGACUCAGUGGACACCACAUCAGCUGCUGUUAGCUGGAGCCAGCCACCAGGAUUGGACCAAACCCAACAUCAUUACCAGAUCUCCUACCACUGUCCAGGGACAGAACCACACAUCACUACCACAUCUUCACACAGCAUCACUCUCUCUGACCUGCAAGGUGGUACUCAGUACUCUGUCACUGUCUGCACUGUGCUGGAAAAUGGAACGAAAAGUCGACUGGUGUCAACAACCCUCACCACAGUACUUCCUGCUCCAGACCAGCUGACUGUUGACUCAGUGGACAUCACAUCAGCUGCUGUUAGCUGGAACCAGCCACCAGGAUUGGACCAAACCCAACAUCAUUACCAGAUCUCCUACCACUGUCCAGGGACAGAACCACACAUUACUACCACAUCUUCACACAGCAUCACUCUCUCUGACCUGCAAUGUGGUACUCAGUACUCUGUCACUGUCUGCACUGAGCUGGAAAAUGGAAAGCAAAGUCAACUGGUGUCAACAACCUUCACCACAAAACAUAAUGUCCGGAUUGUGCUGUUGGGGAAGACUAGAGCUGGGAAGAGUGCAUCAGGAAACACCAUCCUGGGGAGGAAACAUUUCCCAUCAAAGUUUUCCUCUGUUUCUCCGACAAAAGACUGUAACAAGGUUCAAGGGAAGGUGGAUGGGCAUAGUGUAACUGUUAUUGACACCCCAGGGUUGUUUGAUACUACACUGUCCGAUGAGGAGGGACUGAGAAGGAUCGCUCCGUGCAUCUCUCUCUCUGCUCCUGGUCCCCAUGUGUUCCUGGUUGUGAUCAGGCUGGGAAGAUUCACUGAAGAGGAACAGAGAACUGUGGAGAUAAUUCAGAAAUUCAUGGGUGAUGAAGCAUCGAAAUACACCAUGGUUCUCUUCACAAAUGGAGACAAUCUUGAUGAUGAAACAAUUGAAGACCUCCUGCUUGAAAAUCCAGGUCUGCAAAGUUUAGUUGACCAAUGCAAGGGGGGGUAUCAUGUCUUCAACAACAAAGAUAAGAAUCGCUCCCAGGUCACUGAGCUGCUUGAGAAGAUAAACAAGAUGGUGAAGAUGAAUGGAGGAAGCCACUACACCACUGAUAUGUUCCAGGAGGCUGAGAGAGCGAUUGAUGAGGAAAAAGAGAGGGAUAAGAAGGAGAGAGAGAAUAAAGAGAGAGAGAUUAAAAAUAAAGUAGUACAAGAAUGCUGUGUACAAUGAGACUCUGUAACAUUACCAUCUGUCAUUGUUUUGACUGGCUGGUUGGUUGGUUGGCUGGCUGGUUGGUUGAUUUACAGUUUGUCUAACAAAUGUCUAAUUCUAAUGGUUUACAUGCGUUGUUAGACGAAGCAUACACCAGCCUUAACAUGUGCAUAUUAAUUGAUGACGAAUGAUGAUUCCUAUAUUUCCUAAAUGACUAAAUGCCUUAAUGGUU